AUGGCGCCCUCGAAGCCGGCUGCGAACAGAUGGACGGAGCAGUACGACACUCUAAAACGAGAAGAGCUCUUCCGGAACCCGCCCAGCAAGAGAACGGCCUACCCAGCACUGGCCGAGGCCAUUAAGCCGCAUGUGGAUUCCUUCAACACCGUCUUCGCCGAAAAUGGCCAGCUACAGCAUGCGCUCAAGGAUAUCGGGACCCGGACUUUCCUCGAUGGAAAUGGGCAACAGGAGGAAGGUGUACGACGGAACAGACUGCAGGUGCGGGUGAGGGAAGUGUUCUUGGAGAAGCCACAGCUGCCGUCUUCCAACAAGCACGAGGGCAAGCGCGAGAUUCUGCCGGUGGAGUGCAGAGAACGACAUGUCACGUAUAGAGGGCGAUUUCGCGGCCGAUUUGAGUACCGUGUCAACGAUGGAGAAUGGCGGGAGACGGUGCGUGAUUUCGGCACCUUGCCCAUCAUGCUGCGCUCGAAUCGUUGUCAUUUGGAGGGUCUCUCGCCGAAGGAGCUGGUCAACAGGAGGGAGGAAACGGAAGAGCUGGGAGGAUACUUCAUCGUCAAUGGCAUUGAGAAACUCUGCCGAAUGUUGAUUGUCAACAGGAGGAACUUUCCAAUGGCCAUCAUCCGACCUUCAUUUGUCAACCGAGGCGCAACAUACACCAAAUACGGUAUCCAGAUCAGAUCUGUGCGACCGGAUCAGACAUCACAGACGAAUGUGUUGCACUACCUCAAUGAUGGCAAUGUCACAUUUCGCUUCUCUUGGAGGAAGAACGAAUACCUCGUGCCGGUGCUGAUGGUCCUCAAGGCGCUGAUAGAGACCAACGAUCGCGAGAUCUUCGAGGGAGUCGUUGGUCCAGCAGGCGGGAAAGGCAUUGACAGUAAGCAAUUCGUUACCGACCGGAUGGAGCUGCUUCUGCGGACAUACAAGGCAUACAACAUUCACAGCAAAACAAAGACUCGAGCGUACCUUGGGUCGAAGUUCCGGGUUGUUCUUGGAGUCCCAGAGGAUCUGAGCGAUGAGGCAGCUGGCACGGAGUUUUUGCGCCGGAUUGUGAUGCCGCACUUGGGAUCAUACGAAGUCACCGAGUCCAACGAUGCCGACAAGUUCAGAAUGCUCGUUUUCAUGAUCCGCAAGCUCUACUCCCUGGUUGAGGGCGAAUGCACCAUUGACAACCCUGACGCUGUGCAGAGUCAAGAAAUUCUCCUCCCAGGCGCACUAUACGGGAUGAUCAUCAAAGAGCGAAUCGACGAAUGGCUAGGCUCUAUCGGUCUCAGUCUGCGGGAGUGGGGUCGGACGAACAACUGGCCAUCAUUCACGAGCCGAGAAUUCGACAAGGACUUCAUGCCGAAGGUUGUACGGAAGACGAACGAGAACUUGGGCCAAGCGCUGGACUAUUUCUUGUCAACUGGCAACUUGGUGAGUCCUAGUGGACUCGAUCUUCAGCAAGUUUCCGGCUUCACAGUCGUUGCGGAAAAGAUCAACUUCUAUCGAUUCAUCAGMCAUUUCCGAAUGGUACAUCGUGGAAGUUUCUUUGCCCAGCUCAAGACUACAACAGUGCGAAAGCUGCUUCCGGAGAGUUGGGGUUUCCUCUGUCCAGUUCACACUCCUGAUGGAUCGCCUUGCGGUCUGCUCAAUCAUCUGGCGCACAAGUGUAAGAUUGCCACUGAGAGCGUUGAUGCCUCAAAUGUGCCCAACCUUAUUGCACAACUCGGUGUUUCAAGCGCUUCGGACGCAACUUUGGAAGACAGUGUAUCGGUCCAGCUGGAUGGUCGAAUCCUAGGGUUCUGCUCACCCAAACAGGCCAAAGUUAUCGGUGAUACUCUGCGUUACUGGAAGGUCGAGGGCACCCACGACAUUCCUGUUGAGCUGGAGAUUGGAUACAUUCCACUUUCCAAUGGAGGUCAAUAUCCUGGUGUGUACAUGUUCUCGUCCGCGGCAAGAAUGCUGCGGCCUGUGAAAUAUCUCCCAUUGGAGAAGGAGGACUUUGUAGGACCGUUUGAGCAGCCGUUCAUGUCCAUUGCAUGUACGGAGCCUGAGAUCGCCUCGGGAGAUUCCACACAUGUGGAGUAUGAUGUUACCAACAUUCUUUCCAUCAUUGCUAACCAAACGCCCUUCUCCAACUUCAACCAAUCACCAAGAAACAUGUACCAGUGCUUGUCCGCUGAUCAUGAGGUGCUCACUAAGACCGGCUGGAGAUUGAUCUCGACGGUGAAGACCACGGAUGAGGUAAUGAGCCUGAAUCUUUCCACUGGUGCUCAGGAGUGGAAUACUGUCAAAAUGACAACUCGCCUGGAACACGAUGGACCACUCUAUAGACUCAAGAGUCCUGGCAUGGAUGCAGUCUGUAAUGAUAGUCACCGCUGGUAUCUCAACACCAAGAAUCAGCCUUCGACCUACACGGCAUACACGACCCAGCAGAUGUUGGACAGCGUCCUGAAGCCUUUCAGGGACUCCGCUGGCGUGGACAAGGGUCAAUGGGAACACCAAAAUGAUUCGGCUGUCCACAAGAACCACAAGAUCCCUACUGUAGGGCAGAACGGCAAUGCCAUGUAUUUGUGGCCGGAUUGUCCGUGGCUGCCAAAGGAGUUUGUCAACGAUGAAGCCUGCAACCUGGAUUGGUGUAGGUUCAUUGGGUUGGUGAUGGGUGAUGGUAGGAUCAACCAUAUCACCAAUUCCGAGGGCCGAGAGUACUACAUCCAGAUCCAUCAACACGCCUCGAACCCCGCUGCAAAGAUGGACAUUGACCAACUCCUCGAUCGUCUGSCCGAUAAGCUGCCUGGAUUUGUGGUCAACCAGUCCUGCGCAACCGGUGUCCAAGAGAAACAUACCUGGACUAUCAAUCAUCGCGACAUGUACCAUUUCUUCCUUCCUAUGGUACGUGGACCGCAGUCGUACGACCCUCUGGAUGAUGCAAUGUGCCGCACCUAUCAAGCAUCUCAUUAUCAAGAAUUGUCAGGGUCAGACACCGAAUCAAUUCURCCCGCACCUGCCGACUGGAAGGUUGGAAACUGGUGGCAUCUUCGACGCUGGAUCUUCUAUUCUUGGCUGUACUUAUUGGCCCGGGACCAAGCUCGAGCGAUGAUUGAGGGUCUGGCCGUUGCCGAUGGCGAGAGGAUGGACCUAGUCCAAAAAGAUCAGCUUGCUGUUCCUCUCGUCAACAAAGAAGUUGUCCGAGUCUGCAAUAGCUCAAUCCCGCUAAUGCACGACAUGUCUGUUCUGGGCGUUCUUGCUGACACCAGAGUCAACAUCGACGUCAACCACAGCAAAGGGGAGUGGGUGCCGAGCAUUGGUUGUCACGCCAAUGCUACAAGAUGGAGCAUAUCAUUCUCCUUCGCCGACAGUGAACUCGCCGUCGCCGCUCCAAAACCGAUUUCAUAUGACAAUCCUCGUCACGAUGGGUUCGUCUACUGCUUGACAGUUCCCAAUGGCAACUUCCUGGCUCGACGCACUGUUCAAUACGGCGACAACGAUGCCCAAUUGGUUUUGGAACCCGCACAGAAGCCAUUCUAUACUGGAAACUGUCAGAUGGGUAAACAGACAAUGGGAACUCCCGGAACUGCUCUCAAAUACAGAACAGACAACAAGUCGUAUCGACUUCAAACAGGCCAAACUCCAGUUGUGAGGACACCACAACAUAACGAGUACGGUCUGGAUAACUUCCCAAAUGGUACCAACGCCGUCGUCGCCGUCAUUUCAUACACUGGCUACGACAUGGACGAUGCUAUGAUUAUCAACAAGUCUGCUCACGAGCGCGGAUUUGGUUACGGAACUGUCUACAAAACCAAGAAGAUCAAUCUGGCUGAGGAGAACAAGGGCUCUCGUKGUCGUGGUGUCCCUACGCACAUGUUUGGCUUUGCUCCUUCGGCUGUCGUUCGAGCACAAUGGCGAGAGACUCUGGACGAGGAUGGCCUGGGCCGAGUAGGCGUCAAGCUGAAGGAAGGCGACGCAGUCUGCUGCUCAUACACGGUGGUGAAGGACCCUCUCUCCGGCGAGUUUGUCAACAAGGAUGGCAUCACCCACGUGCAUAGAUACAAGGACAGUGAGGAGGCAUACAUCGAGGAGAUAAAGCUCAUCGGGAAUGAGCAUGGCACGAAUGAUCCUUGCCAAGCUCUUAGCAUCCGAUUGCGGAUACCACGUUCGCCUGUCAUCGGUGACAAGUUCUCGUCCCGCCAUGGGCAGAAAGGUGUCUGCUCGCAGAAAUGGCCGACCAUUGACAUGCCAUUUACUGAAAGUGGAAUGCAACCUGAUGUCAUCAUCAACCCUCACGCUUUCCCUUCACGUAUGACAAUCGGCAUGUUUGUCGAGUCAAUGGCUGGAAAGUCUGGGGCUCUGCAUGGUCUGGCGCAAGAUUGUACGCCUUUCAAGUUCAAAGACAAGGAAGGCGAGACGGCGGUGGAGUAUUUUGGUCAUCAGCUCAAGCGUGCUGGCUACAAUUACUACGGCAAUGAGCCUAUGUAUUCUGGAAUCACAGGCGAGGAACUGGCCGCGGACAUCUACAUUGGUGUUGUCUACUACCAGCGUCUCAGACACAUGGUGAAUGACAAGUUCCAGGUCCGAACGACUGGUCCUGUCACGCCGCUCACUGGUCAGCCCAUCAAGGGAAGAGCCAAGGGCGGUGGUAUCCGUGUCGGAGAGAUGGAGCGCGAUGCCCUUCUUGCUCAUGGAACUGCGUACUUGCUGCAGGAUCGUCUGAUGAACUGCAGUGACUACACCAAAGCGAACAUUUGCAAGGCUUGCGGCAGCUUCUUGUCGACGCAGCCUAGUUCAGGUCAAUACACAAGAAAACGAGAGGGCGGCCGAGUCAGAUGUCGGAGAUGCAGCAGGAAGGCUUUGCCCAGCGAUCCCAAGAGUCAAUGCUGGGAAGAUCGCAAAGGCGAGAAAUGGCAUGGCGGCGACGAUGUUACUGUCGUUGCUGUGCCCGGUGUACUCAAGUACCUGGAUGUUGAGUUGGCGGCAAUGGGUAUUCGGAUGAACUUCAAGGUCGGGCCUUGA